AUGGCCGAUAUUAGUGAUCCAUUAUUACCUUUUCAAUACAAAAUUGUUGAUGAUAAUAGUGUAGAGGAAGGUGCAAAUAAUUCACAAGAUAAGGUUGUGAUUUCUACAAUCCUAAAUGAAUCCUACAAAUGGUCAAAUGUGAAGAAUACCUCUAGCAGAAAAAAAAUGAAAUUCUGA